UAUGGGAAGGAACAAGUAAUUAUGACCGAUAUUGUGAGACCAAAGGCAAACGCGAAAUGUGAUCCAUUUUAUUACUUGGAUAUUCUCGAUCAAUCUGCUAUUAGCCAAAUUGUAGUCAAUCAUAACGUCGAUACAAUAAUUCAUUUUUCGGCUUUACUAAGUGCUGUUGGUGAAGCAAACGUCCCCUUAGCGCUUAAAGUUAAUAUAGAUGGAGUACAAAAUAUUUUAGAAGUAGCUAAGUUGGUUUUUAUCCCAAGCAGUAUUGGUGCGUUUGGACCAUCAACACCUUUAGAUUAUACUCCUGACAUUUGCAUACAACGACCAAGAACAGUUUAUGGUGUUACUAAGGUAUACGCUGAACUCUUGGGUGAAUACUAUAGCGAACGUUUUGGAGUAGAUUUUCGAUCAUUGCGUUUCCCGGGAAUUAUUAGUGCAACGAAACCAGGUGGUGGCACGACUGAUUACGCGAUAAAAAUAUUUUACGAUGCGUUAAUUGACGGAAAGCACACGUGCUAUUUACGUAAUGACUCGCGCUUACCCAUGAUGUACGAUGAUGACUGCAUCGCUUCAAUUAUUUUAUUUCUCACCGCACCACAAAGUAAAUUAUCGCAUCGAACUUACAAUGUCACAGGUUACUCCUUUACACCAGAAGAAAUCACUGCAGCGAUUCAAAAAGUAAUACCAAAGUUUCAAAUUGAAUACGAAAUAUGUCCAGUACGUCAAAAAAUUGCUGAUUCUUGGCCGAAAAGUUUGGAUGAUAAUUGUGCCAAGAAAGAUUGGGGAUGGCAACCAAUGUUUGAUCUGGGAGCAACCGUUGAUAUCAUGUUUGAUUUGGUAAGAGGCCAACUUGGUGGAAAAGGCAUCGAAGUCAUGGAUGAUAAUAAAUAA